AUGUCCAACGAAGCUGAAUUGGGUACUGCCCCUCAUGAAGUCCCUGCUGGUUCACCACGAGACCAGGCAGGAAUCGCCAUUCCUUCAGAAGGAGGCCACACCAUUGAGAUCCCUGCCACUCGCAGCUCCAUCAGUGAUGUACACAUGCAGCGUCUCAGUCUGUCUCCUUCUAUGAGGGACCGUCGUGGUUCACGUAAUUCCUUCGGUGUCUCCCUCCCUAUUCCCAGAUCACCCCGCAAAUCACGAUUGUCCGUCGUUGAGAAGCCCAUCGAUGGCGUUCGGGAUAUCUUGGCUGAGGAGGUCCAGGCCAUGUCCCCUGAGAAAGUUGCUGCCGUGAAGAACAUGUGCUUCACCUUUGACAUUGACGGUGUGCUGGCACACGGAAACAAGGCCAUUGAGGAGGCAAAGACCGUUCUACGAAUCCUGAAUGGUGACAAUGAGCUCGGCAUUCAGUUCCCCUAUAUUCUUCUCACCAACGGUGGUGGUAAAACUGAGGAGGCUCGUUGUGCACAGCUAUCCGAGGUCUUGGGCUUCCCCAUCUCCACUGAUCAGUUCAUUCAAUCACACACACCUAUGCAGGCUCUAUCAGAGUACUACGAGAACGUGUUGGUUUGUGGUGGAGAGGGCUUCAACAUUCGCGACGUUGCAGAGAAUUAUGGCUUCAAGAAUGUCAUUCACCCUAAGGAUAUUCUGGCUUGGGAUCCUACAAUCUCACCGUGCCGCAAGUUCACCGAGGAAGACCUCAAGCUCGCCAAGCCCCGCGAUUUCUCCAACUUCAAGUUCGAUGCUAUUUUGUGUUUCGCCGAGUCACACGACCAGUCGACUGAAUACCAGAUCAUCCUUGACCUACUCCUCAGUGCCAACGGCCGGUUGAUGAACUGGGCCAAAGACCCUGCUGCCAAGAAUGCCAUCGCAAGCCACAUCCCUAUCUACUUCUCACAGGGUGAUCUCCUCUGCCCUACUGAGCACAAGGGACCCCCGCGUCUCCACCUCGGUGCUUUCCGUGUUGCCCUAGAGGCGCAGUACAAGGCACUUACCGGUCUAGAUCUCGAGCGUAUAGUCUACGGUAAGCCCGAGCGUGCCACCUACAUCUGCGCCGAUGAAGUGAUCCGAUCCUGGAUGGAGGAAAUCCACGGCGAGAAGAAGCUGCCAGAAAAUAUUUACAUGAUCGGCGAUAACCCCCAGUCCGACAUCAUUGGAGGAAAUCUCUACGGCUGGAACACUUGCCUUGUCCGCACCGGUGUCUUCCAAGGCAAGGGCAACGACGUUAACAAUCCCGCCAACUUUGGUGUGUUCGAUCACGUCCUCGACGCCGUCACCGCUGCCGUGCGCAAGGAGCUAGGAGAUGACUUCAAGUUCAAGUGGGACCCCCAAAACACUCCUUCCCACGGAGACGUCUCGUCAGCCAUUGAGUAA